AAGGAAGUGGUUUCAUAAUCACCACCUUCUUCCUUCUACUAAACUAACAUUUCGAGUUUGAUUUAAUAGAAAAAAAAACAGUGUUUUUAUGCUCUUAGUGAAAGGUGAUAUUCCAUCUAAAUAUUAGUGCAUGUUAAAUUAAAUUAUAUGUUAAAAUAUGGCUCAACGAGCAUCUUAUCAAAUUACUAACGCUGAGGAAGGCAAAGCAGCUCAACAAGAUCAAUCUUACAGAAGUUGCGUUUUAGCGUUGUUAAUAUUUUUAUUUCUUUGUAUUAUCCUAAUACUUGUCAGUUUUCCGUGGAAAACAUACCAUUUCGAUCAUCUUGAACAAGAAGAUGAAUAUACAGAAACAAUGCAGCAUUAUCAUCACGAACAUCAAACUAAAAGAACAACCAGCUCGAUAGAAUCAGUUACAAUUUCUAUGAUAGAUGAAAUGAUUACAAAAGAAAGAGAAACGAACAUUGAAAUAUUUAAUGUAGAAAAUGUUACAAAUCAGAAUAAUAAUAAUGAUGAUGAUAAAUUUGAUGAUAAACUUCUAAGUCUUGAAACUAGUACGAAAGAUCUAUCAAUUAUUACAACUCUGAUUACAGAAGAAAAUCAAAAAACAACUUCUUCAAAUACAACUUCAAAUACAAAUAUGAAAGAGAUUUCUUCUAGCGAGAAUGAAAAAAAUAUAGAUCUAUCAAUAAUUACAAUGGAUACAUCAUUAUAUAAUUCUUCAACAUUUAUUUUUAAUUUUACGGAAAAUAGUACAUCAACUCCGAUUACAGAAAAAUAUCAAAAAACAACAGAUAUGAUAGAAACAACUUCUACACAUACAAAUGUUCCUAUGAUUUCUUCUAGCGAGAAUGAAAAAAAUAUAGAUCUAUCAAUAAUUACAAUGGACACAUCAUUAUAUAACUCUUCGACAUUUAUUUUUAAUUUUACGGAAAAUAGUACACCAAUUCCGAUUACAGAAAAAUAUCAAAAAACGACAGAUAUGAUAGAAACAACUUCUACAGAUACGAAUGCUUCUGGAAUGGAAGAAGUUUCUUCUAAUGAGGAUGAAAGAAAUAUAACAAAUAUUUCUGAAUAUAUAGUUUCUACAAUAUCAACUACAGUAAAAAAUAACAUUAUUGAUGAUUAUACAACUAUUACAGAUACAAUUGAUUCUACAAGUGAUUCAUCGUUUAAUAAUCAAACAUGUAUUUCGGGUGAAUGCAAAAAUUUGGCCAGCAAGAUAUUAUUUUAUAUGAAUCACACAAUUGAUCCAUGCGAAGAUUUUUAUGAAUAUGCUUGCGGUGGUUUCGAGAUCAAUCCUCAAACUGUAGAAUUCAAUUUAGAAGAUAUAUCUUAUCAACGCAUCUUAAGACAAAUGAAGAAGGAAAAUGUGGAAAAUGCAUCUCUCUUUACCAAAUAUUACGACAGUUGCAUGCAAUACGAAAAAAUUAAUCAAAAAGAAAGAAUAAAACUAGCAAGAAAACUAUUAGAUAAGGUAGGAAAAUUUUAUACUACAAAAGAUUUGGCUAAAAAGCAUACAAACUUUACUUUUCUACUCGCUACAUUAUUAUUACACAACAGCGUUUUAUUGUUCGAUAUCGCCCCAGAUCUCGACGAAUAUUCACCGAAACAAUUCACUCUUAAAAUAGGUCCAACGACAUAUAGCAAUCCUUUCGAAAUAGAGGAAACUAAUGAUCCUUGUUAUACAGAUCAAUUGGAAAGAGAAAAAGAAACGGUGGAUUUAGGAAAAUUGUAUAAGGAAUACAAAACAUGCAAAAAAAAUGAUACGAUAAAAUUUAUUAACUCCAUAUCGGAAGCUCUUAUAGCAUUUGAAAUAUUUAAUGAAUUGAACAAUUCGUACGAUAUCUCUCAAUUAAUAAGUAGUACAUACAUCAAUAUCGAUUUUAAUAUAGUAAAAGGAUUUUUCGCGAAUUUUCCUUCCCAAGAUAAGAUUCGCGAGGCAUAUCUUAUGAAAAAUUAUACCCGUAUCACUAUCGAGGAAUUGCAGAACAAUUUUAAAGUAAUAAAUUGGACGCAGCUUAUUUAUUUUUUAACGAAGCAACGUGUUCAAGAAAAAGUAAAAGUACAGGUUUACUUUUACAAUGAACUAGCUAAGGGAUUGAAAAUUUUGGAAGAAUUUGAAAAAACAGAUCCGAUGACAUUAUACAAUGCAUUGUUAGCAUUGUAUGCACGCAAUCUUUAUCACGAGUUAGUUUUAUCAAAACAUGUUAAAAAUGUAGAUAUUAAAAAAUACUGCCUACGCGUAGCUACUAAUAUUUUAAUCCCGGAAGCUUCGAACUUAUAUAUUUCUUCGUUUUCGAAAGAUGAACUUAUUUACAUAAAUGAAACUAUACAUAGUAUAUUUGAGAAACUUAAGGAGACUCUAAAAUUAAACAUUAAAAACAAAAAAUGGGUUACACAAAAAGAUCGUGUCGCAUUAAUAACAAAAAUAAAUAAUCUUAAAAUUGUCCUACCCGAUAUUUCUUAUUUUAAUAAUAAUAAAUCAAUUUAUGUAAGAUAUCAAGCAAACAAGGUAAAUUUAUCGAAUAAUUACUUAGAAAAUUCAAUAAUUUUAAUGCAAAGAUAUCGAAAAUUAAUCUAUGCACAAGUUUCUACAAAUCCAGGAGAUCUUGAACAAAUAUGGACACAUUAUGCAAAACCAUACCAAUCUAAAGGAAUCGCGAUUUAUGGAUUAAAUCUCAUUGUGAUACCAUUUGGUAUAAUCGAUUGGUCCAUGAAUUAUAAUGAAUUUUCAUUUGAUUACAUAAAAAUGGCGACAAUUGGUAACAUAAUUGCACACCAAAUUGCUCAUCACUUUGAUGCAAAUGGUAUUUAUUAUUGGAAUGGAACUCGCAAUGCCAAGAACAGUUUGUUAAACGAUGAUAAAUCUAAAUAUAAUUUUAAUGAAUAUAUUAACUAUCACCGAAAUGAUCAAAAUUAUAUGAGUAUGACAUUAUCAUUUACUGGACAAAACGUGAAUUAUGAGAUUUCGCAAUUGACUCUAAAUGAACGUCUGUCCGAGAUAACGGGACUAAGAUUAGCCUACGAUACUUUGGCUCGAUUGAGAUCUAAAAAAGAUUAUCUUCCAUGGUUAGAACUUGAUUUCAAUCAGUUAUUCUAUCUCACCUAUGCUCAGAUGUACUGUACGAAGUCACCACUUACGUCAUCGUAUAUAUCAUUGUAUGAGAAUGAACAGUUACCAAAUCGGAUUCGUAUUUUUGUCUCCGCAUCAAAUAAUAUGCUUCUCGGCAAAGCUUGGAAUUGUCCGCAAGGUUCACGAAUAAUGCCAAAUAUUCCAUAUAUUGAAUGCAAAGUAUUUCCAUAUUUAUGCGAUACAGCAGAAUAAUGUAACU